AUGCGGUCGGCUGCUCUCCUACUUGGUCUCUGCGCCUGGUCGGCUGCUGCCGCCAAGGCAACGCACUCGACAGUCCUAUACCAGCAAUUCUUUCCGGCCUGGGACGAGAUGCUAAAGGGCUACCUGGAGCACAAUUGCCAGGAAAACAUCACCAACUACCGAAAUGCCAGCUUCAAUGACACUCAUAUCAGCUACGCCGUAUUUGACUGCCUGUUGCAGCAGUUUCCCGAGUUUCGCAAGUCAGAGUUGGGUGCUGCAGCUGUUGUUCUUGGCCUCGCUCCGUCGAUUCUGCAAAUGGUCAGCCCUACGCCUGCCGAUACUGCCAUGCUCAGCCUCCGCCGGCCCGUUCUCGCUCUGUUGCUCAGUGUAGCUUCACCCGCGACCAUCUUUUCCACGGCUGCAAUCUAUGCGGAUAAGGUGGAGGCCUUAUCAAAACCGCUCUCGAGGCAAGCGCGCGGCAGCUUCCCUUAUACAGCGGGCAGACUAUUCGGCCACGGCUUCCUGACCCUGUUUCUGUCCGCGAUGCAGUAUCUCCUGGCACUAGCGGCCGUGGCCAACAGCGCGUACCGUACGUAUCAGCUGUGCGUUUGGACCGUGUGCUCCUUCUCGCCCAUCACCGUGUUCCUCCCCGCACUUUGGCAUGGAACGGUGGUGCUGCUGCAUCUCAGCGGCUGGGUCGCGCUGCGCUUAAACGUGCAGAGCGCGGAGAGGGUCAGUGAUGCAAAGCGCGCAGCGGGACACCACCGGCAAGACACAAAGGCUGGAUGGGCGAGCCGACUCAAGUCAUGCAUUGAGAACGAGACCACACCCUCGGCAUUCGCUGAGAAGUUGCCGGUGGAGAGCCGAGCGGCUGGUCCUGCGCCAUUCUUUUCUGCUGUGAUAGCAGCAUUGUACGCUGGUGCACCUGUUCAUCUCUUGUAUGGCACCCUAGUGCUUUCAAGCCUCACUUUCAUCAGCGCUUUUGAUUCCAUCGCCGUAGUAGCCUUUUACGCGAUGAGCACAAUAGUGAGUAAAGCCAUUCUGUAUUUUGAGUGCGCGGGUAUCCAGGCCGUUGCGAGCCAGGAUUUAGAAGCAACGACCGAGGGAGAGCAGAUGAAUGGGUAUUCCACGCUCUAG